AAUAAGUGUCGGUUGGUUCUUUAUUUCUUGGGUUCCCCAAAAUCACUUCUAUAUAAAGCAUGCCCUUGUUAAACAAAAAGCUGUUUAAGCAUAUUGUAUCAUAUAUAUUUUCUUGGAUUCUUCUUUGUUUAAUCAUUUAUAUAUGCUUUUAUUUUACACCUACAUUUGUUGUUGGAGCUUAUUAUAGCUCCAAACUAAAAGCACUGAACCCAAGUUCAGUGUAUAAUUACAGUCCAAAUAAAUUCCAUUUUGAGAUUAUCUCAAUCUCUUCAUUGCCAUUUUCAGGGCUCUUUGUAGAUAUUACUUACCUUCUAAGUGGGGUGGCAAAAGGUGCAGUAUGUUUAGAUGGGAGUCCAGCAGCAUAUCAUCAUGAUAAAGGAUUUGGUACAGGGGUUAACAGUUGGUUAAUCCAAAUGGAGGGAGGAGGUUGGUGCAAUAAUGUCACCACUUGCCUUUCGCGUAAGAAUACUCGUGUGGGAUCAUCUAAGCAGAUGGUAAAAAAACUCCCUUUCUCGGGGAUUCUCAGCAACAAGCGUCAGUUUAAUCCAGACUUCUAUAAUUGGAACAGAGUAAAGGUUAGAUAUUGUGACGGAUCAUCCUUCACUGGUGAUGUUCAAGCAGUCAAUCCGAUUACUAAUCUUCACUUCAGAGGGGCAAGAAUUUUUCUUGCCGUUAUGGAGGAUUUGUUGGCAAAAGGAUUGAAGAAUGCUGAAAAUGCUAUUCUGUCUGGAUGUUCAGCUGGCGGAUUGACUUCAAUUUUACAUUGUGACAGCUUCAAAGCACUCCUACCAAUGGGUGCUAAAGUAAAGUGCUUUUCGGAUGCUGGUUAUUUUAUCAAUGCGAAGGAUAUUUCUGGUGCGCCUCAUAUUGAAGAGUUCUUCAGAGAUGUUGUUACCUUACAUGGUUCUGCCAAAAAUCUGCCGCCUGUGUGUACCUCAAGAUUGAAACCGCAUUUGUGUUUUUUCCCACAAAAUGUUGCUCAACACGUGCGGACGCCGCUUUUCCUAGUUAAUGCGGCUUAUGAUUCCUGGCAGAUAAAGAAUAUUUUGGCUCCUGGUGUUGCUGAUCCCCAUGGGGUCUGGCUCAACUGCAAACGUGACAUACUGAAAUGCUCUUCCAGGCAGCUUCAAACCAUGCAAGGUUACAGACUGGGGUUUCUGAGAGCAUUAAAUGCACUUGGCCCUUCUUCAUCAAGAGGGUAUUUUAUCAACUCCUGCUAUGCGCACUGUCAAACUGAAGUUCAAGAAACAUGGUUCAGGGCUGAUUCGCCUAAGUUGGCUAACAAGACAAUAGCCAAAGCACUCGGAGAUUGGUUUUUUGACAAAAAUCCGUUCCAGCGGAUUGAUUGUCCUUACCCUUGUGACAAAACCUGCCACAACCGUGUUUUUGAUCCAAAUGUCCAUCCUUUUGAUAUUGAUAUAUAAAUCAUUGAUAGAAGUUAUUCUUUGAGAUGAUUGAUAUGGAAAAUCAUCAGAAAGUACUCCCAAAGUGAAAUAGAAAAUAUAGAAAGAUAGAAGCGUGUAUUGAUUUAUUAGUUAUUUCACAAUAAGGGAAAAACUACCACAGCAUGAAAUUGUAUGCUGCGGUGCCCUAUACAGAUACUAUGUAUUCUUAUGCAACUAGUGCGAUAAUCUCAAUAAAAGUGAUUUCAUACU